UGAGCAGAGACCGACAUAUUCUGAGCAUCUUCCAAAUGUUCAGUCCUAGUAGUCAAGUACUGCUUUUGGGGGGGCGAGGUUAAGAGCGAGGGUGUCGACAAGAAAAGAUACAUUCAUCAGUGGAUACGGCAAGAUUUCGUCUGUCAGAAACUCAACACAGGUUUUUAUAAACGGUCAUACUGGAGGCUUAUUGUCCAAUUAGGGACACAACGGAUUCUGUCAAGAUGAGGACAGUCUUUGUGGCUGUAUUCAGCAUGCUGCUGAGCACAGCUCUUUCUGCCCCUGUAAAAGUCAAAGAAGAGAAAACCAUGUUCCUAGGGGAGGACUUCCAGAUCCUACUACCCAACCUAGCUGCCGAUGUUGUGUUCCUACCCAGGAGCAACCCGUCUGGGCCUGAGGUGCCUCUGAUGACGGCUGGCUCCGUGGUCAACCCCCUCGCCAUACUCAACGCCCCCGCCAAGCACCUGAUCGUGUACAACCUCAAGGAGGAGCACGAAGGCUUGUACACGGUGAAGAACAACGAGAAUCCCAACGAUAUUGAGCGCAUCACACUCAUCGUCCGAGACUGUUCCGUGGAGCAGAGUGUGAAGUACGGGGACAACUACCACAUCCAGUUGCCAGGGGUGACACCCCCCAUCAUUCUGGAGUACAGGCACAUUGCUAUUGAGGCCAACCAGACCAACAGGCCUGCGCUGGUGCUGUUUACCCAGACUGGAGUGGCGAGGGAUGGUUACCAGGGCCGUAUCAGUGUCAACGACAGGAGGGUCACCCUGAACGUGGCGACGGGCUCUGACGAGGGCAGCUACACAGUACGAGAAGCUGACGGGAAAAUCAAGAAAAAGGUGUGCCUCAACGUCAAAGAGCACCAGAUCUUCCCCGUACUGCCGUACGCUGGCACUUUGAAGAUCAACCUUAUCCUCAACAGCUCCAUGGUGCAGAUCUUCUACACCCCCGACUACGACCUCAAACCGCGUCUCAUCGUCGACAAAGGAAAUCUUGUGGUACCCCCAGACCUGAGUCUGGAGGGCCGUCUGUCCCUGGAGGGGUCUGUGUGCAUCCUGGAGAGCCUCACGGGCAGCGAUACAGGACACUUUCAAGUCUCGGACACAUUAGGCUUCCCGGUGUCCAAAUGUCUAUCUUCCUAUAAGCUGCCGCCGGUGUACGUGGCAAUCAUCUCUCUGGUAGGCCUGUUGGCGUUCCUGCUGCUGGUGUGCCUGCUCUCCUGCCUGUUAAAGGUCAGGAAGAGGGCCAAGAGGGCUGAAGCCCUGGAGAAGAUCGCCCACAGCAAGGUUGACGACGGGGAAGCCUUCAGACAGGUGGUAAAGAACAUCACACAGUUUAAUGAAGACUCCAAGGGCCAUUCUGUGGCUGACAAUACGGAUAAAUCACAAAGCACCGAGGUGGACAUUAAGGGUCUGGAGGUAUCUUCUAAGGAGGUUCUGGAGGGGGCAAACCUGGAGACCAGCGACUCAGGGGUGGAGUUCAACACCACCGGACUUCCUUUAGACACUGACACAGAUGUCCCUGACCAUUUCCUAGACUCCGAGGCUGUGAGCCUCUCUGCUGCCCACGAAACCAAAGCAAGUGCACCCCCUGCUCCGGAAUUCAAGCCCACCCCAGUUCCUGAGGUUAAACCUAGAGCACCUGCUCCUGUGGUUAAGGCUUCUCCAGUUCCUGAAGCAAAGCCUAGCCCACCUCCAGUUAUUAAAUCUAGCCCACUUCCACAAGUCAAAUCUAGUCCACCUCCACAGGUCAAAUCUAGCCCACCACCAGUGGUUAAAUCUAGCCCGCCUCCAAUUAUUAAGUCUAGUCCACCACCAGAGAUCAAAUCUAGCCCACCUCCAGUUAUUAAGUCUAGUCCACCACCAGAGAUCAAAUCUAGCCCACCUCCAGUUAUUAAGUCUAGUCCACCACCAGAGGUCAAAUCUAGCCCACCUCCAGUUAUUACGUCUAGUCCACCACCAGAGAUCAAAUCUAGCCCACCUCCAGUUAUUAAGUCUAGUCCACCACCAGAGAUCAAAUCUAGCCCACCUCCAGUUAUUAAGUCUAGUCCACCACCAGAGAUCAAAUCUAGCCCACCUCCAGUUAUUAAGUCUAGUCCACCACCAGAGGUCAAAUCUAGCCCACCUCCAGUUAUUACGUCUAGUCCACCACCAGAGGUCAAAUCUAGCCCACCUCCAGUUAUUACGUCUAGUCCACCACCAGAGAUCAAAUCUAGCCCACCUCCAGUUAUUAAGUCUAGUCCACCACCAGAGAUCAAAUCUAGCCCACCUCCAGUUAUUAAGUCUAGUCCACCACCAGAGGUGAAUAAAUGCCCUGAGCCACCUGCUGAACCAGAGCUGUUGGUAAUCAAACCAGUGGAUUCCAAGCCCAGUCCAGUCCAGAGCCCAGACCGCAAACUGGUGCCAAGUCCCAUCUCCAAGCCCAAAACACCUGAACCGACCCCAAGCCCUAAAUUAACCACACCCCUGUCCCUUUCACCCAAGACGACUGAAUCCCAACCACCUUCACCCAAGCUGGCUAUGACCCCCGACCCACCCAAGCCAACCACACCAGAGCCGACUCCAACCACCAACGGUACCCCCGAACCACCGCCCGAAUCCAAGCCGGCCACAGACCACGCCCCCGCUGAUCUGAUUGGAGGUUCAUCUCCCAAAGCCACACCUCCUAAGACCCCGGAAGUGGAGGUGACAGCAGCCAAAGAGCCCCCCCUAGAGGUGAGCUCUGGUAGUCCUGCUCUCCAGGCCAAAGGGGAUGACAGCGCUCCAGCAAAGGUGGAGGACGCCACCGCCGUCACCACCACCUGAGCACCACCCCUGCACAAGAAACCCCACCGAUGGAUCCCCUCUAUCGGCACUGUAGACGAGCAAGCACCCCCAACUAAAUAAGGAAGUAAUCACUGCUAUGGGGGUGGAAGCUUAGAUUUAAACACGUGCUUGAAAAUACUGUGGCUUGUUACAAAAUCUCACAUGAAACUAACACUCAUUUAUGGAGAUCUGUUCUGUUAAUGGAUACGUUUCACAUGAUUAUAUACAUUUUCUGACUUUUUUUCUAACUUUUUACGCUGCAUACUCCUUUGUAAACUAGAGUAUGACUGCCAUGUCUGCAAACAAGAUCCGUUGCAGAGUUUACAGUUGAAAAUAUUCACCUAAUUGAAAUGCUUUGCAAUGUGUAAAAAAAAAAUGGCAGUUAAUGGUUUACACCUUAUUAGUUAGCCUUGACUUCAUUUGACGAGUGAAGCCAUCUACUAAAUGUUUUUAACCAUCUCCAUCUGUGGAGACUUCUGAGAACCAUCUAGAUGCCUAUUCAUCAGCAUGUGGAUUAACCCACCAAAAGCAUGAAGAUUCCAUAUUCUCUAGGCCCCAUUUUUUCCACGUGUGUUUACUACGUUAAAUGAUACCCCUUGGCAUGAUGUUGACACAGCUGCCAAAGGACUGUGACUUUGUGCCAUGACUGAGCAUCAAGCCUUCAGACUGGACUGGCCGAACGGCACCUAAUCAAGACCAGUAUCCAUGCUACUUUUCUGCUCUCAUCAACAUCACUUCUAAACAUCUUCUGUAUGGAGCAUGACCAGCUAAACUGACUUACGUACUAAUAUCUUCACUUCUGCCAGAACCAACCUCUUUUUUUUUAAUCCAAAUUGACUUUGUUUACAAUCCUUCCAACCUGAGAGAAGUUCAAGUUUGGCCUCUGGGAGCUAUUUACUCUCAUUGUCCCCGGUGACCAUGACGACACCAGGCACCUUAAUGGACACCCUUCGCCCAAAUGAAUCAUGGUAAAUGUAGUGAUUUAUUCUACCAUUAAUAGACGGUCUGCCUACACCUGUGUGAUAAGGGAUAUGGGCUCAGUCGAGAUACUCACAUACUCCCUUCCUUCCCUCCAUCUAAAAGUAAAGCCUGCUUCGGCUUUACUUGUUCUUUAAAAAGGAAUAAGCUGAUCCAUGCAUUUAUUACUAUCUACACAAAACUAGAUUUUGUAAAUAGACAAAAGUGUUCUUCUCUAAAUUUGUCCUCCACACUAAUGCAUGCUCUGCUUUAGUCGUUAUAUACUACGGAUCAAAACAAACCCCCCAACGAUGGUCGUUACUCCAUAGUCUCACCAGCUCCCUAUUGUUUGAUCUCAAGGGCACGACCCAAUCGAUGUCUUUCAACGACUUCGUCUGCAUUUGAGCUUCCCAGAAAUUGACCUUCACCAACUAUUACUAUUACGACCCCUCAGGGCAUUGUGCUGACGUUUGUUUUGAACGCUUCAAAUGUCAAGGAUUCAGAGGGCAAUAAGACUUAGCUUUGUAGGUGGUUAAAACUU